AGCUUCCUUAUAAAGACGACGAAUUUUCAUCUUGUCUUUUAGCCAACUCACUCCCUGGUAAUGUUUAUCAUGCCACCCUAACCCUGUUUAACUUCCCUUUUUAUCACACCGUAAUCUUCCGCUCAUUCCAAUCCCCCCUCUCGAUCGUAUCGGUAUAUAUCUGUGCUGUUCUCUGCUGGGUGAAUGCAACUUGCACAACCAACCCACAGCAGCAGACCCAGCACCUUUCCUCUCAACUUCCUCAGAAAAUCAAUGGCCCCCUUGAGCCAGAUUCUCCAAGAUUUCCAAGCAAUGCCCUUUGCAUUCCCUGCUGCCAUUGCUGCUCUGUCUCUGCUCUUCCUGUUUUCCGUCAAAUCUUUCGUCUUUACCAAGAAGAAUGCUUUUUCCAAACUCCCUUCUGUUCCAGUUGUGCCAGGGCUGCCUCUGGUGGGGAACUUGCUACAGCUGAAGGAGAAGAAGCCGUACAAGACGUUUACUAGGUGGGCUGAGGAGUACGGGCCAAUAUAUUCCAUCAAGACUGGUGCUUCCACCAUGGUUGUUCUCAAUUCAACUGAUGUCGCCAAAGAGGCCAUGGUGACCAGAUAUCCGUCCAUGUCCACGAAAAAGCUAUCAAAUGCACUAAAGAUUCUCACUUACGAUAAAUGUAUGGUUGCAAUAAGUGACUACAACGAUUUUCACAAGAUGAUAAAACGAUACAUACUCACAAAUGUUCUUGGAGCAAAUGCUCAGAAGCGGCACCGAAGCCACAGAGAUACCAUGAGGGAUAAUGUUGCAAGCCGAUUGCAUGCUCAUGUAAAGAACUCUCCUCAAGAAGCUAUAAAUUUCAGAAAGAUAUUCGAGUCUGAACUCUUUGGAAUUUCUUUGAAGCAGGCUAUAGGUAAGAACAUAGAAGACGGCAUUUAUGUGGAGGAGCUUGGUACUACAUUAUCAAGAGACGAGAUCUUUAAGGUUCUUGUGCUUGACAUAAUGGAGGGUGCAAUCGAGGUUGAUUGGAGAGACUUCUUCCCUUACCUGAGAUGGGUUCCUAAUAAGACCAUAGAGAAUAAAAUUCAGAGACUCUAUCACCGCAGGAAAGCAGUAAUGAAUGCCCUGAUCAAGGAGCAGAAGAAGCGAAUUGCUUCAGGAGAGGAAUUGAAUUGUUAUAUCGACUACUUGCUUUCUGAAGCAAAAACGCUAACACCAGAGCAAAUAGUCAUGUUGCUUUGGGAGACAAUUAUCGAGACAGCGGAUACUACAUUGGUAACAACAGAGUGGGCUAUGUAUGAACUUGCAAAAGAUCAGAAACGACAGGAUCGUCUCUUUGAAGAAAUCCAAAAUGUUUGUGGAACCAACAAGAUUAAUGAGGAACACUUAUCCCAGAUGCCGUAUCUGGGUGCUGUUUUCCAUGAGACUUUAAGGAAGCACAGUCCAGCUCCUAUAGUUCCUCUAAGAUAUGUGCAUGAAGAUACCCAAUUAGGCGGUUACUAUGUUCCAGCCGGAACAGAGAUCGCGAUUAACAUAUACGGGUGCAACAUGGACAAGAACCAAUGGGAAAGCCCCGAAGAAUGGAAGCCAGAGAGAUUUUUGGAACCAAAAUACGAUCCAAUCGAUUUGUACAAGACAAUGGCAUUUGGAGCUGGAAAGAGGGUGUGUGCCGGUUCUCUUCAGGCGAUGCUGAUAGCGUGCACCACCAUCGGAAGGCUGGUACAGGAGUUUGAGUGGAAUCUGAGAGAUGGAGAAGAGGAAAAUGUGGACACCGUCGGGCUCACCACUCACAAACUGCAUCCAAUGCACGCAAUCCUCAAACCAAGAAAUUAGUAGCCUAGAAAGUUAGGCCUAAAAAUACUUCUAGAUGGUUUUGGGAUUUUAUCAACCUGAAGAGACGUGUAAUAUCACAGUUGAAUAAGUUUUGAGUUUCUUUUUUUGGUUGAAUAAUAUCAAACAUCCUUGUAUCUUUUUUGCAAACA